AUGAGCCAGAACAGCCAGGACAGCCAGGACAGCCAGGCCACGCCGACCCGGCUCGCCAUCCGAUCCAGCCCACCUCGAUCAAGCGUCUUAUCCGCUUCUGAGUCGUCGACUGCGAGCAGGGCUUCCACAGCUCCCGCCCAGACCCAGAAUACAAUCACAGCGACGUACGCGGCGAAGCGAAAAGCCGAGGAGGACCGCGUUUGCUCGGGUCUCGAAUUCUACAAUGAGAACGCCCGUCGUAUGUGGUUGGCCUGGAAGUUGGGAGGUCGGAUCAAGCUGUUGUAUAAGAUGAUCGAGCUCGACGAGGAGGAUCCGGUCACCGCGGGAAAGACACCGAUUGACAAGUCCGCCACUUUGGAGCUUGGCCAGGUCCACGCAGCGACGGUCUUGUUCACCAUGGGCGAUCAUUUGAUCGAUCAUCUCAUUCAAGCCGACGUCUUUCGCCACUAUAACACCGUCUUGAGACGCCAGGAGAAGCUCGGAGUCGGAACACAACCAGGCCAUUCGAGGCGAUCAGACGAUCAGAGCCCCCCACUCAUCUACGGCAACUUCAUGGCCAAGUCCAACGGUAAAUUGAUGUCCUACAACCAGUGGAACAAGGUCCUCGAUUCCGUCGAAUCGUACAUGGAGGGGCUGAUCCCUGACUCGCCUCCCACAAGACCCGCGCAGACAGCGGGUUUCGGUGCAUGGAUUCGAAGCAUCGACGAGCAUGUCAAGCAGUCCAAGCCGACAGCCUACGAGUUUCACUACUCUGAUCAAACCCAGGAUUCACAGCGCAGAUAUCUUCGUGAAAAACAUCACAUCACACGCCUGGAGAAAUGGCUCGCAAUCCAGAGACAACGCAUGGGAGAUUGGCUCGGAAACAAUCCUCUCGCCAGCUUGGACGAUCCACUCCCCUGGACAGUCUGUGAGAUUGGGUGGACCACCAACCAGCCGCAGCGUCGCCUAGACCACGAGACUCACAGCGGCAGUGUUCGCAUUAUGAACCUCAUCGACUCCAUUGCUCGAGUGGAAGUCGGCGACUCAUUCAGGAUGCAGUUCCUCAGCCUCUAUCCGGUCCCGUUCUCGAUCCUUGCCAGCAUGGCCGAGCACGUCCUGUCCCGGCUCUGUGGAUCCUAUGCGGGCCAGGGAGGGCUCAACGUCACCGUCGCUGGCAAGAGCGUGACGGCCGCUUCCAAAGUCCGCGCGAGUGUCUACCAUGUGGUUCAAGGUGAACUGGGACCUCACUUUGAAUUGCGAGCAGCAGAAGUAAUGGCUGAGCUGGAGAAGCAUUUGGAAUUUGCGACAAUGUCCGCCCGCGUCGCGAAGCUCGAGGAGGAUGAAAAGGAGGCCAGAGAUGGAAAGUUGCAGAAGCAAGCUAGGCAUGCAGAGGUCGAGGAGGAAUACCGUGAUGCUGAAGGUCGUCUGGAUGAUGUGGUGGAUGCUCUGCUGGCGGAGAGGAAGGCUAGGCGGCUGAGGGAUUUGACCCAGGAUGUCGAGUGGGUGAAGUCGUAUCGAGAGGGACUGGAGGCGGUUGCGAUGUUGAGGGACGAUGCGAUGGAGGAGUGA